AUGCUGUGCAAAAACACUGCCGACGAUCCGGCCUACUUCCGAUCAGUGCCGAAUUCCUCCAACCGACCACACUUUUUUCUUCGUUUCAAAGUCAACACUAUUCAACGGUCUGAGGACAUAACCACACUCUUUCACCCAUUGCCCAAUGUCCCACUCCCCAAUCCAUUCCUUCCAACAAAUAGCAUUGACUGGGACAUCUUCUCACGCUUCUCCAGUCCAUCGAACAGACCCGACUCAUCUCUCCCUCCAUCACCCUCACCUCUUACCCCUCUGCUCGAGGGAGGGCCGAGCAUUUCCUUCCGGCGUUCGCUGAUUGAUCAGCAUGCUCAGACAAAACUCCAGGACAAAUAUGCGGACAUUGCUUGUCUGGCACAAUAUACAACUGCAAGCAAUCGCACCGGCAUCAUCGCAACAGCAACAAUGUUCUUUGCAAUGCGGGAAAUUGUAGAAGCUCUAGGGCUCGAUCCUGAAGACGCAGAUUCCACUCAGCAUCUUGGCCUUUGUACCGAACCCGAACUAGCGCCUAGUGCCAUCUCGACAUGGGAAGUCCUGAACGAGUUUGGUUGGCGUUCCCACCAGACUUUCACGAACAAGUUGCGGUUCUAUUGUCAGGCUCAGCGCAUUUCACAAUCAACAUGGAGGGCAGAUGAGCCGCAAAAUACUAUGGCCUAUACUCUAUUCACUCAGAUAAGAUCACUCUGGUCAGCCAACGGCCCUCUUCAUCCGGAUCAUCGAUUCAGCCAGCGCAAACAAUUUAGAGGCCACCAGAAUAAUUUCAAACUAGCAGCCAAAGUUUCGGAAAAUUCUCUGAAGAAGUAUGCAUCACAAAUUUUGAGAUGCUGCACCUGA